GAGCAGGGGGCUGGACUUGAUGAGCUUCUGAGGUCUCUUCCAGCUCUAUGGUUCUAUGAAUGAGCAACGUGUAUUAUAUAAAUUGAAAUAAGUGAAUGAGGAAAUAGCUUCAGCAUUCCCCAAGCAACAUCAGCUCUCUGGCCUGCCCAGCAAAACAGCUGCUAGUCAGACUGUUACCUGUGCCUGCUGUGCCAAGGUGGCCUGGUCUGAGCUGCUUGAGCAUUUCCUGGUGCUCUAAGGUGGUGUCUGCAGAAAUUCGUCAUGUCGCAUGGUGCAAAACAGCUGGCCACUGGGAUAUUACAUGCCACUGGCAAAGGCCAGCAUGGGAACUUCCUGGUGGCCAUCAAGCAGGAGAAGGGGGAGGUUCCCCGGACCAGUAACGAGAAGCCCCUUGGUGAGGAGGAGCCAGUGAAGAAGAGAGGCUGGCCCAAAGGGAAGAAGAGGAAGAAGAUCCUGCCCAAUGGCCCCAAGGCCCCGGUGACGGGCUAUGUCCGCUUCCUGAACGAACGCCGUGAGCAGAUCCGCAUGCAGCAUCCCGACCUGCCCUUCCCGGAGAUCACCAAGAUGCUGGGAGCUGAAUGGAGCAAACUACAGCCUGUGGACAAACAGCGGUACCUGGACGAGGCGGAGCGCGAGAAGCAGCAGUACAUGAAGGAGCUGCGGGAGUACCAGCAGUCGGAGGCCUACAAGAUGUGCACAGAGAAGAUCCAGGAGAAGAAGAUCAAGAAAGAGGAUGCUGGUUCUGCGUCUGUGAAUACUCUGCUGAAUGGGCACUUGCACAAGGGCGGGGACUGUGGCGGGGAUGGCUUCUCCACGUUCGACGUGCCUAUCUUCACCGAGGAAUUCUUGGACCAGAACAAAGCGCGGGAGGCAGAGCUGCGGCGCCUGCGGAAGAUGAACACGGAGUUUGAGGAGCAAAACGCCAUCCUGCAGAAGCACACGGAGAGCAUGAGCUGCGCCAAGGAGAAGCUGGAGCAGGAGCUGGCGCUGGAGGAGAGGCAGACGCUGGCCCUGCAGCAGCAGCUCCAGUCUGUCCGGCAGGCCCUGACCACCAGCUUCGCUGCCCUCCCCAUCCCAGGCACUGGAGAGACCCCCACGCUGGGCACGCUGGAUUUCUACAUGGCCAAACUGCACAGCGCCAUCGAGAGCAACCCCCUCCAGCACGAGAAGCUGGUUGUGCGCAUCAAGGAGAUCCUCUCCCGGAUAGCCAGUGAACACUUAUGAAAGGCCUGGUGUGGCCUGCGGCCCAGCACUGACUCAGCCUGGGAGCCUCGGCCACCUCCCUCCGCCCACCCUGACGCCUGGAAUCCGCCGGAGCCUCGCACCUCAGCAGCUCUGCCUUGCACAGAUCUCUGCUGGAGAAGGGCUUGGAGCAGGCUGAGUAACUCUGGGUCCUUCCCUGCAGCUGAGAACUGGGCCGGGCUCUUGUGGAGGCUGGGGGCAGGCCCCCAAGUGGGACACAGAGCAGCGUGCGGGGUCACUUGGCUGCCCCUGGCUCGCUGAGUGGCAGGGCUGGGGCUCAGCGCAGGGG